AUGGCAUCCAGCGAUAGCUUCACUGACAAGAAUGCCGUGUUCAAGAAACUCAAAGCGAAACCUGAGAACAAAAUGUGCUUUGAUUGUAAUGCGAAGAAUCCUACAUGGGCAUCUGUGACGUAUGGAAUCUUCCUCUGCAUUGAUUGUUCUGCAGUUCAUCGUAGCCUUGGGGUGCAUCUGAGUUUUGUCAGGUCUACAACAUUAGACUCGUGGUCUCCAGAGCAAUUGAAAGUGAUGGCCUUUGGUGGAAACAAUCGGGCACAAGCGUUCUUUAAGCAACAUGGCUGGUCUGAUGCUGGCGAGGCCAAGUAUACAUCAAGAGCUGCAGAGUUAUAUAGGCAAAUUUUGUCAAAGGAGGUUGCAAAAAGUAUGGCAGAAGAUGCAGGUCUGCCAUCCUCACCUGUUGCUUCUCAGUCAGCUCAAGGCAAUAAUGGAUUGUCGGAUGUUCCUAGAAUUGAAUCUUCUGACAGAACUUCAAUGGAAAAGCAGCAAAUACUUGUGGUAGCUCCAUCUUCAGCCUCUCCUUCAAAAGUCCCUGCAGUUGUUAUCACUUCUACUGUUAAGAAGCCUCUUGGGGCAAGGAAGACUGGGAAGUCUGGGGGUCUAGGUGCUAGAAAACUCACGGCAAAGUCCAGUGAAAGUUUGUACGAUCAGAAGCCUGAAGAAGUACCUGUUCCUGUUCGAUCUUCUUCUAAUAACAACCUGAAAGCUGGGGGGACUGCUUUUACUUCACGUUUCGAGUAUGCAGACGAUGUCCGGCCUGUGGAUAUGCUUUCAGGAUCAAAGGGGGUUAGCCAUGUAUCCGCACCAAAGUCAUCAAGUUUCUUUGAAGACUUUGAAAUGGAUAAUGGUUUCUCGAGAAAAGGAAACUCAAAUCCUCCAAGAGUGCAAGUCCAAGAGACUGAUGAAGCAAGGAAGAAAUUUUCAAAUGCCAAGUCAAUUUCAUCGGCCCAAUAUUUCGGCAAUCGAAGCAAGUCAACUGAUCUUGAUGCUCAAACUUCUUUGCAGAAAUUCUCGGGUUCAGCAGCCAUCUCGAGUGCAGAGCUUUUUGGCCACGAUGAUGACAACUCAACCAUCGAUAUUGCUGCCGGUGAGCUGAUCAACCGGCUGUCUUUCCAGGCACAACAAGAUAUCUCCAACCUCAAGAGCAUUGCAGGAGAGACCAGCAAGAAGCUAAGUUCCUUAGCAUCUUCAUUGAUGACCGAUCUUCAAGGCCGAAUCCUGUGA